GGCCUGGAGCUCCAUCAGUUUUCAACUGUGUUGUUGAAAUUGGCAAAGGGAGCAAGGUUAAGUAUGAGCUGGACAAGACAAGUGGACUUAUAAAGGUUGAUCGCGUUCUUUACUCAUCAGUUGUCUACCCGCACAAUUAUGGUUUCAUUCCAAGAACUAUUUGUGAAGACAGUGAUCCUAUGGAUGUCCUGAUACUAAUGCAGGAGCCAGUGCUACCUGGUUCUUUCCUUCGUGCCCGUGCUAUUGGAUUGAUGCCCAUGAUUGACCAGGGAGAAAAGGAUGACAAAAUCAUAGCAGUUUGUGCUGAUGACCCCGAAUUCCGCCACUACAAGGACAUCAAGGAACUUCCUCCACAUCGGCUAGCUGAAAUCAGGCGAUUUUUUGAAGACUACAAGAAAAAUGAGAACAAAAAAGUUGAUGUUGAAGAUUUUCUUCCUGCUGAUGCUGCUAUGGAUGCCAUCAAGUAUUCCAUGGACCUGUACGCUGCUUAUAUAGUUGAAAGCUUGAGGCAGUGAGCUGUUCAGAAACUGAUCGGGCAGGAGGAUAUGACUUCAAACAUUACGUGAAUGAGAACAAACUUAAACAUUCUGAUACCGUUGCUGGAUAUUAUGCUUUUGUGGCAAUAUGUACUACUUUGUCUGCUUGCCUUCUGGCAAAAACAUGCAUCUGAAUUCUAAAUGUAAUUGUAUUUCUUGAUGUCAUAUUGUCGCUUGUGCAGAA